AUGGUCGACGACGAGCAUUCGAGUCCUUCGUCUUGGGACCUGGUGAGAAGAAGGUUGAAGUCGAGGUUGAUACUCGUGAGUGACACUGACUCUUCUCUGGUGACCAACUCCUAUGAACUGCCAUCUAACAAAGCUCUAGGUGUCCCUUCUACUGCCAUCUUUACUUUCAACAAGGAGGACCACACCUUGGGCAACCUGAUCCGCUCUCGUCUGCUUCAGAACCAGCACGUCCUCUUCUCUGGAUACCGCACCGACGGUCAGAUCACCCCCAAGGAAGCAGUUCUUGCUGCCUGCCACGACCUGGUCAAGGAUCUCGGCACCUUCAGCCGUGAGUUCACCAAGGAGUAUGAGCUGCGUAAGAUGGUCGGCGCCGGCACCCAGCAGAACGAUGCUCCAAACGGUAUCUAA